UUCAAUAAGAUUAUUAUGGAUAAACCUGGCACAUUUAGAAUCACUAUCCUUUAUCUUCUGUAGAGUCAGCUUAGCACCAAUACAGUGAGAAAUCCAAAUCCUAAGUUUCCAAAAUUUGUGCUCACUGGAGAGUUUAUAAAGUUUGUCCCGAAAAAUACAGCUGAUGUUGCAUAUUUUGUCAAAGGAUUGUCAAAGUUGGAAUAUGCCAUUAUUUUGAAAGUGUUCUCGAGGUCAGAUGGGUACUCCAACUCGAUUAAGCCCAAGAAGAAUAGUAUUCGAAGAGUGUUGGCUAAGCUCCACAUUGUUUCAGCAGAUCCUCCUGUCAGCAUACUUACUCCAAGUGAUACUCCAAUUGUUAGCAAGAAAGUGAAUGAAGCUCCUUUGCCUGAGCUUUCAGCAGAUCCGCUGACUGGGAAUGCUGGGACUGUAAA